ACUCCAGCCAAUGACGUCCCUUCAGCGUCUGUAUUUGCGGAAAUGCUGUUUCAGUACAGUAUGGUCUUGAGCUGAGGGUGCUGCUGCUAUCAUUACCAAAGCAUCCCAGGUGUGGCUCAUGAAGGUGGUUGAGUGAAUGCCAAAAGACCAAUUACUUCAACUGAAGUAUUUUUCCUCUUCAGAUGAAAAAAUGAACAAAAAAAACAGAUGAAAGAGACUUUUGGAGGAACUCUUGUCAACUUUAAGAGUUUAACUUCAAGCAGAUGCUCAGAUGUCUCUUGGUUGCUUUUCUCUGGAUUUCACCUCGAUCUAAACUUCAGUCAUGGGAAUCUUUCCCUUCAUGUCUAAGUUAAUGAGGAAGGGGAAGUAUCUGUUUCUUCUGUUGUUGUGCCUUUGCGUUGUAGCAUGGAUAGCAACAUUCUCAAGUGAUGACGGUGUUAAAACUGCCCAGGAGGACUUAAAUCCUCCUGACGACGUUAAGGGUGGCGGCGGGUUUCGUCAGCUGGAGCUGGAAUCAGAGAUGAUGCAGAGCAUGGAGGAGCAUGUGGAGGACCGUGCGGAGGAGCAGGCUCCCAAACAGAGCUGCCCAGAGCAUUCACCCCUGCUCCGAGGUUCUUUAAAGCUGUCAUUUGAGCCCUCGCUGACAAUAGAGCAGGUAGAGAGUGAAAACGAGGGGGUCGUGGAGGGUCAAUAUAACCCCUCUGACUGUACGGCCAGACAGAGUGUGGCCAUCCUUAUCCCUCACAGAAACCGAGAGAAGCACCUGCUCUACCUCCUCUACCACCUUCACCCUUUCUUACAGAGGCAGCAGCUUCACUACGCCAUCUAUGUCAUUCACCAGGCUGGAGAUGCUACAUUUAACAGGGCAAAGUUAUUAAAUGUUGGCUACCUUGAGGCUCUGAAAGACCAGAGCUGGGACUGUUUCAUCUUCCAUGAUGUUGAUCUGGUUCCUGAGAAUGAUCAUAACUUAUACAUGUGUGGGGAACAGCCUAAACACUUAGUAGUGGGGAGGAAUUCCACUGGGUACAAACUCAGAUACAAAGGUUACUUUGGAGGGGUUUCAGCCAUGACAACGGAGCAGUUCCACAAGGUGAAUGGCUUCCCAAACUCCUACUGGGGCUGGGGUGGAGAGGACGAUGACCUGAGAAUAAGGGUGCAACUUCAGAAAAUGACAAUAAUUCGGCCGUCUCCUGAAGUGGCGCGCUACACCAUGGUCUUUCACAAAAGAGACAGCGGCAAUCAAGUCAAUAAAGACAGGAUGCAAAUGUUACGCCGUACUCCUCAGAUGUGGAGGAAGGAUGGUUUGAAUUCCUGUUCCUACAGGGUUGUGUCUAUGGACAGAGUGCCACUCUUCAUCAACAUCACCGUGGACAUUGGCCAGCCGGAGCGUGAUCAUUGAGCGUGCCAUGUGUUUGGAUAUUAAAUUAAGACAUUUUGCAUUGAAACAGCAUUCACCAGUGCCUGCCAGUGCUAAUAUAGGUGUUGUUGCUCCACACCAGGUUGCACUAUGGAUCUGUCAUUUGGACCUGUAAGAUAAUAUGGCCAGAAUACUGAUCAAACACUACUUUUUAAGUAUUACAAUAGUCAAGUAGAAUUUAAAUAGAUUGAUAAGGUAUAGCUUUCAAGGUUGAAAAAAAAAAAAAAAUAAUAUUCAUUACUUCUAGUGAAGUUAUAGUUCCAUAUAAUGCAUUCUAUAUGGUUUGUAUUCAUUUAGGUCAUCACAGAAUAUAGCAAAACAUCUGGAAGUAAUGGAAAACAAAAGAGCUGUAACUGACUGGUCAGUAGAGAUAUGUUGUUAUGCACAUUAGACUUAAAUAUUGAUAUAGAUAUGAAUAGAUGUGGGCAGAGCAGGUGUAUUUUACAACAAGUUUGCAUGUUCUGUGAUGUUGAUUCCAGCUGAACAUGCUUCUACCAUCUGUCUGGUGGAAACUUAGAGAUUUUUAGUAGGUGUUUGGGUCCAGGGAUAAUGUUUAAUCGGGUCAGUUUCAUUUCAGUGAAAUGUAGCUGUAGAUGGGUUAAUUAUUUUACAUUUAGGCCAUUGUUUAAGACAGAACGGCUGUUCACUCAUAGAACUGGGUGGUGUUACUUUACUGACUUUAUGAUCAGAGAAAAAGAGACUUAGCAUAAUAUCAUAUGGUGGGCUGUCCUGGCGGGGUUUAUAUAUAAAAACCCUUAAAGGGGACAUAUCAUGAAAAUCUGAAAUUUUCCGUGUUUAAGUGCUAUAAUCAGGUCCCCGGUGCAUCUACCAACCCAGAAAACACGAAAAGGGACAACCCAGUAACUUUGUUUUGGUAAGCCUUUUCUGCAAGCAUGUGAAAAAACGAGCCGGUCAAAUUUCGCUCCCCUUGUUAUGUAGUAAAGGGAUCUUAUUAUAAUAUUACCACCCCUUAAUCUGCAUGUUUCCAUCCACGGCGCCACCAUUUUGUUUUCGCAAGCGACAACAGUGUACCAGUUCUAACACUGGUCCUGGAGUGCAGCUGUCCUGCACAGUUUAGCUACAACCCUGAUCAAACAUGCACCUGAAUGAAAUUAUUGAAAUUACUAAAGCUACGUGAAGGAAGGUAAGUUGGGUCGGAGCAAAACUCAGGACUGCAGGACAGCAGCACUCCAGAACGACCGUCCCUGAGCUCGUGAUAUGUCUCAGCUAUGUGAACAUUAUAUAUGAGUCUCCAUAAACUGCUGACAUCGGAGUCACUAAGGAUGCAGUGGUGUAAUUUUAUUUAUGAAGGGAAUGUGUCCAAAUAAAUUCAUAUACCAGUAUGUGCAAGUCAUUUUACACCAGACUGCUUUGCACACGAGGGUCAGUAAAACACAGGAUUUGCACAUAAGUUGAUUCUCAAAGAUGGAUCGAUGCCAACUGUUCAUCAUCCAAUUUUAUAUAUAUUUUGUGAUGUUUGUGCAAAUUGUCUUUCUGAAUGUGAUUCGUUAGCACGUUGCUAAUGUACCGUUAAAAGUUACCAUUGUUUCUUACUGUAUUCACGGAGACCAGAGCCAUGUUAUUUUUAUUUUUAACCCGAAAACACUUGCAGUUUGUAUAAUUCAUAAACGCAUCUGCAUUCUUAUUGUCUCUCCAACAGUGUGCAGCUUUAGCCACGUUAGCUGUGCAACACACUAUCAAACUCCUUCAGAAUCAAAUGUUAGCAAACAUCCACAAAAGACAUGCCAUACCUACGUGAUCUGAUAUGCUGCAUCACGAACAGUUUGUAAUGAUCCAUUUUGAGAGUUAUAUUUGCUGUGUGAGCUUCUCCUGAAUUGUUUAUGCCUCAGUGUAUUGGAAUCGCGAGCUUGGGGGCGGGGAGCACAAGCUCAUUUGCAUUUAAAGGUACACACACCAAUCAGCGCAUUUUUCUCCCACCCAAAAAUAGGCAGUUUAAAACAUGGUAUAAUAAAUGAUCUGUGGGGUAUUUUGAGCUGAACCUUCACAGACACAUUCUGGGGACACCAGAGACUUGUAUUACAUCUUGUAAAAGGGGCAUAAUAGGUCUCCUUUAAAAUAACUCAUACUUUCCUAAAGCGGAGUCUGACUAGAAACUGAUCUUGACAAGCUGAAUUUCAACACAAUAUGUCAGUGUAUUUUAUUUUACUGGUGAGUGUGGGGACGUGAAUGUACGUUUGGAUUUUAUAUGAACAAUUAUGAACUCCAAGAAUAUAGUUGGCCAGGUCAUUAUCUAGUGUUGUUGAAACUUGACAAACAGAAAUCAAGCAUUCUGUAUUUUUUUCGACAUUCUAGGUUAAAACAAUUACACAACUAUUAAAGUGCAUGAAGAUCAAAUAAAGUAACAAUAUACUUAUUUUUUAUUUCCUGAUAUAUUUGCUAUCACAUCUUUACUCAGUUUUUUACUCAAACUUUACAUUCUGUGACACACAUUUAAAAUACUUGGGUGUACCUGUGAACAUUAUAUGAAUUUUAUACUGUGAAAAAAAAAAAAAAAAAAAAUUGGGCAAAGGUUUGUGAAUAUUAUUUAGAACUUUCCACGAAUAGGGUGAAAAUUGGGAUCCCAUUACCAUUUGUACAGUAUAGCAGUAAGGGCACAAAUCAUGUUCUGUGAAAUGGGAAUUUAUAUUUUAGAUAAACUGUUAACUGCCAUAAAAUUACCACACAAGUACCUUUAAGCCCACUGAAUAUCUCUACAGCCCCCUUGAAAUGGUGAUUUUAAAAAGAAAUAUAAUAUAGUAUAAAUAAUAUAUUCGGUUUGACAUCCUGAGGUUUUUCUGAAGGUUGAGCACUGAUAAAUCUUUGCUGAAAAGGAAAAGGAAACUUUUUGUAAGAGUUUAAUGGCUGUUUUUGUACCCUUUUCAUGGAAAGUGCUUGCCACUCAUGCAGUGUUGAACCUGUGUGUAAUAUUGAAAAAUUCAGUUUGAUGAUGUUAAUACUCAAUAAAGAAUGACACAGA